UUGUGUAGAGACUUUGGCAGCAGCACCUGGAGGCUGUAGUCCUGGGAGCAGGUCACUUCCUGGUACAACAGCAGCUGAAUGUGCAUCAAACUUGAAGAAGAUUUAUACAGUGCAAACAGUGCAGAAUUUCUGGAGUGUCUACAACAACAUCCCUCCUGUGAUGGAUUUGCCUCUAAGAUGUAGUUACCAUUUAAUGAGGGGAGAGAGACGGCCGCUUUGGGAAGAGGAAAGUAAUGCCAAAGGAGGUGUAUGGAAAAUGAAGGUCCCUAAAGAAAGUACGGCUGCGGUUUGGAAGGAAUUGCUGUUAGCAACUAUUGGAGAGCAGUUCACAGAUUGUUGUGCAGCAGAUGAUGAAGUAAUAGGGGUUAGCGUCAGUGUUCGUGACCGUGAGGAUGUUGUACAAGUCUGGAACGUAAAUGCUGCUUUAGCAAGUGAAGCAGAAGUUUUAGAAAAGAUAUAUAGACUUCUGCCACACGCAUCUUUUAAAGCAGUAUUUUAUAAACCACACAGAGAGCAUCGUGCUUUUGAAGGUCAACGUGGAAAACACUAACUGCUCUCUGUACCAAGUUCAGUCUUUGUUAUUUAGCAUUUUCAAGGGCUGUGAGCAUGGAGAAGGAUGGACAAGAAGUGGAAGCACCUGCAGAAGUACCACGUGCAGUGUUCCCUUGAUUUUUCUAACGUUUCCAAUUGGGCUGUUGCUAUCGAAAAUAAGGGAGAUUGCCUUAAUUACUAAGUGCACAAUUAAGUACUUUUAGUUUUUCAUUGUUUCUUUAAAAAUACUUGUCAUCACUUUUUUCUUGACUGGACUGUAUUUGUUCCUGUUUCAGUAAGGGAGAAAACUUUUGUUUCUUCUGUCCUUAGUUAAGUGCAAAUGUGCACAAACAUGCUGCUUUUUCUAGAUGUGUUGUACAUAGAGGAAAACUGGCUUGGUAAAUAUGUUUUCAAUUUUCAUUUUGAAACAUUCCUAUCAUGUUAAGAUUUACUCACUCUCUUUCUCCCAAGAGAAAGAAAUUGUACUGCAUUAUUCUAACAUACCAUGUAAUGUGGUCUUGCACUGGCAAUAGCACACAUACUGUAAGAGUAAAUCAUAAUUACUGAAUGAGAGACUAAGGAGAACACACUUAUAUUGGGACUAGCCCUUCAUGAGAUGACAUUAACCAAUAACUUCAGUAAUUUCGAAAGAACGCUUAUUCAGAUUGAGAGAUCUUUCAAUAGGAAGCCCUUCAACUCUACCUCUCAUUUUAGGAGGGGACGGUGUUUCUAAUUAUUUUGUGUUGUAUACCUCCUUAAAAUAUUUUUCCACACUUUCAAAAAAAAAAGUGUCACUAAUGAUUUCUAAUGCAUUUGACUAAUUAAAUUCCUCUCACACUUGGAUUAUUUUAGGGCUCUGCCUGUACCCACAAAAGCAUCAGUAUCAGAACUGCUGUAGACUUCAGUGCAAAGAGA